AUGGUAUCUUUAAGAUCAAUUGCCUUAUUUACGUUAACUUCGACCUUAAUUUUAAGUAUCAUUCCUCCAUCCCUUCAAAAUGAAAGCGGCGGCGUUAAAGAUUGCCCACAGAACAAAUUAAAUAUGGAAACAGCAGAAAUAGAAAAAACAGAAGAGUGGAAAGAAAACGAGUGGAAUAAGUGGAAAUUGGAAUUAGAAGAUAAUUGGAAACAGUUUAAUUUAUCACUAAUAAAAGAAAAAACGAGUGGAUCCAGAAUAUAAAUGGAUAAACCGCAUAAAUCUUAUAUCCCGGAAAAAUCAUUAACAUGGAAUAAUGCAGAUUGGAAAAAUUGGGUUAAUACGGAACUUAAAGAAUUCAUUGAAAACGACUGGCAAAAUUGGAUUAAUCAAAUCGAAUCACAGCUUUACACAUUGAUAGAGGAUAAAUGGAUCCACUGGAGAAGCUACCAAAUCUUGAUGUGGCUCAAGAGCGAUUGGAAACAUGACGAAAACAUAUACUGGUUAAAGAAGGAAUAUAUAGAAUGGAACAAGCCUUCGAAGGUACAAAAUACGGGAGAGUGGCUUAAAUGGAAAGAAAGAGUAUACAAACAAAGUUUUGAAUGGUUUAAUUGGGUACAAAAUAAAGAGAAAAUAAUUGAAAAUAUUAAGUGCAGUAGUUGGAUGCGAUGGAAAGAUGACAAAAAUAAAAUUUUUAAUCAAUGGAAGGAAUCUUUUCUUAAUAAUUUGAUACACAUUAUUUUUGAGAUAAUAAUCCUAAAAAUAUAA